GCAAAAACAAAGCACAAAAAUGCAUAGUUCAAUGCGGCUUUCACUUUCCCUUGCGCUGUUUCUUGUUCUGUUCAACUUUUCCCUUUCAUAUGCAGCCUCGGAUCCUACUUAUCAAUCGCUUCUCCAAUGCUUAAGUCAAUCGAUCCCAUCCCAAAAUGCUUCUGCCAUUCUCUUCUCCAGCAACAACCCUUCCUAUGCCUCCGUAUUGCAAGCGUACAUCCGUAAUGCUCGUUUCAAUACCUCCGAAACGCCUAAGCCGGCUAUCAUCAUCACUCCGACGGAGGAAUCCCAUGUCUCCGCCGCCGUGACCUGUUCCCAGAAGGUUGGUUUCCAACUCAAAGUCCGUAGCGGAGGCCACGAUUACGAAGGGCUAUCAUACGUUUUCGGUAAACCCUUUUUCAUCCUCGACAUGUUUAACCUACGUUCGAUAUCGAUCGAUAUAUCGAACGAGUCCGCCUGGGUUCAAUCCGGUGCAACACUCGGUGAACUUUACUAUAACAUUUGGGAAAGCAGCAAUGUCCAUGGAUUCCCUGCUGGGGUAUGUCCCACCGUCGGCGUAGGUGGACACCUUAGCGGGGCUGGUUAUGGUACCUUGAUGAGGAAAUACGGUGUAUCAUCGGACCAUAUCAUGGAUGCCAGAAUAGUCGACGUAAACGGAAAAAUUCUAGACCGGAAUGGCAUGGGGGAGGAUCUCUUUUGGGCUAUAAGAGGUGGUGGAGCAGCCAGUUUCGGUGUUGUUUUAGCCUACAAGGUUAAGCUCGUUCGUGUACCGGAAACAGUGACUGUUUUCAGAGUCGAUAGACUAUUAGCAGAUGACGCCAAUGCCACUGAUGUAGCUUACAACUGGCAAUCCGUUGCUGCAACAACAGACAAUAAUCUGUUCAUGAGGAUGCUUCUGCAACCCGCGACGAGAAACAGGCGAAGGACGGUGAGAGUAUCAAUCCGGGGACUGUAUUUGGGCGAUGCCAAUGGUGUUGCAACCUUAUUGAACAACGAUUUCCCUGAGUUGGGUUUAACCAGAGAGAAUUGUACUGAAAUGAGAUGGAUAGACUCAGUUCUUUGGUGGACAAACAUCGAUGUGGGAACACCAGCUGCGGUGUUGCUUGACCGAAACAUCAAUGACGCUGAUUUCUUGAAGAGGAAAUCCGAUUAUGUGCAGACACCAAUUCCCAGAGAUGGGUUGGAAUCACUGUGGCAAAAGAUGACACAACUUGGAAACGUGGGGUUGGCUUGCAAUGCAUAUGGAGGGAGAAUGGACGAACUCAGUGCUACCGAGACACCGUUCUCACACCGAGCCGGAAACUUAUAUAAGAUACAAUACUCGGUGAACUGGGACGAAGCCGGAAACGAAGCUGACAUGAAUUACACAAGUCAAGCGAGAGAGCUACACGAGUUCAUGACUCAGUUCGUGUCGAAGAAUCCGAGGAGGGCAUAUUUUAAUUACAGGGACAUCGACAUCGGCACCACUGAGAACUGGAGUUACGAACAAGGGAAAGUGUAUGGGGAGAGUUAUUUUACUGGAAAUUAUGAGAGGCUGGUCGAUGUGAAGACUGCCGUGGAUCCUAAGAAUUUCUUUAGGAAUGAACAGAGCAUUCCUCCCCGGACAUGAAGACAAUGAUUAUUAGAUUGUUGUAAUUGUAAUACGCAGAUGAUAAUUUCGUUUAU